AUGCCCAGCCCUGUGAACACACAUGCCUACAACCAUCACCAGGAAGCGCUCGUGAUCGCUGAAGCAGAAGAGAAGGAGAAGAGAAAGAAGAGAAGAAGGCGAAAGAAGGGCUGGGAGGAGACCACUAUUGAAGAGGAAGGAGAUACUUAUGGAUCUGAACUUGAAUGCAUUAUUCCGGCACAGACUGGUGGACUACGUGUGAACAUUUCGGGAUCUGCAACAACCCAAGUAUUACGUAUAAUUGCUCAGUGUGAUCCCGGAUACCACCUCACAGGACAAGCCAACAAUGCGUGGGCGAAUAUAUACACAUGCGGACUGAAUGGUAAAUGGUUACCUCAGUCACCGUCUUGUACUCCUGUGGACUGCGGGGACCCAGGCAUCCCACCCAAUGGCGAUCGCACUGGUGACAGCACUAUCUACAACAGCGAGUUGAGCUUCACCUGUGACACGGGCUACUUGCGGUUGGGCAGCGUGACACGCAGGUGUCAGCCAUCCAGUGUCUGGUCCGGCAGUCAACCAAUUUGCUAUGCUUACACAUGUUUGUUCAGUAUUACCAAUGGUGCAAGAAGUACAACUGGGCCAGUAUACACCAUCACAUGUAACACAGGAUAUUACCUGUCUGGUAACACAAACACUGUCACCUGCACUGAAAACAACGGACAUACCCAACUACCGUCAUGCAGGCCUUGCAGAUAUAAUCAUCUGCCUUCUGUCACAUCAAUUACCGACCAAGGAAUUGUAAGAUGCUCUGAUGGUUAUGCCAAAAAUAUGGAAGAUAGCGCAACUUGUGGACAAAAUGGUCAAUGGGACUGGCAGGGCAGUUGCAUCACUUGCAGAUAUAAUCAUCUGCCUUCUGUCACAUCAAUUACCGACCAAGGAAUUGUAAGAUGCUCUGAUGGUCAUGCCAAAAAUAUGGAAGAUAGCGCAACUUGUGGACAAAAUGGUCAAUGGGACUGGCAGGGCAGUUGCAUCAAUUGCAGAAAUACCUUUACAAACUCCCGUGGGGUGGAUAGAAGUGGUAACGUGGAAUGCAAUAAAUUCUAUUAUUCCAAAACGGACCUGCAUGUAAAAGCAACCUGUGAAUACAGAGCCGAUCAAGCAGAGUGGACAUUUCAAGGCCAAGAACCCUGCGCAGCGUGCUAUGGUCAAUCUCGUGUGCGCAAUUCUCAAUCCAUCACAUAUGAUGGCAUAGUCACUUGCAACCCUGGAUAUACAAGUAAAACAAUAACACGAGCAGAGACCUGCGAUUCUCAAGGGAAUUGGAUUUGGAUGGGACAAUGUGUUCGCAUCCAAUGUACCACACCUUCAAUCACUAAUGGUGCGACAAGACCAGCGUCUGGAGCAACUAUUGUUUAUAACACCCAGUUUCUGCUCUCUUGUUCAACUGGAUACUACGUCACUAACGAAACUCAAACGACAACAUGGAAAAAGUUCAGAUGUUGGAAUGGUGGGCGUUGGUCUCCACAUCAACCAUCCUGUGAACGAAUCCAAUGUACCGCACCUUCAUUCACUUAUGGUGCGACAAGACCAGCGUCUGGAGCAACUUUUGUUUAUAACAGUCAGUUUCUGCUCUCUUGUUCAACUGGCUACUACGUCACUAACGAAGCUCAAACGACAACAUCGAAAAACUUCAGAUGUUGGAAUGGUGGGCGUUGGUCUCCACAUCAACCAUCCUGUGAACGCAUCCAAUGUACCGCACCUUCAAUCACUAAUGGUGCGACAAGACCAGCGUCUGGAGCAACUAUUGUUUAUAACAGUCAGUUUCUGCUCUCUUGUUCAACUGGCCACUACGUCACUAACGAAGCUCAAACGACAACAUGGAAAAAGUUCAGAUGUUGGAAUGGUGGGCGUUGGUCUCCACAUCAACCAUCCUGUGAACGUCAAACGUGUGCAGUUCCGAGACGUACCACUAGAUGGACUGUAUCAUCAUCGGAAGCCCCAGUCAAGUAUCAGCAAAACAUUGAGUACACAUGUGGAAGCGGGUAUUAUGUUACUGGUGAACAUCAGACCGUAACACGAGGACAACUUCAAUGUGGAGCUAAUGGAAUAUGGUCACCCACGAAUCCUACAUGUUCACCAAAUACUUGUGAAGCACCCGCUAACAACGAGGCUUGGAAUGUGUCACGACCAGGAGUAAAUGUUACCUUUCAACAAACUGUUCAUAUAUAUUGCAACACCGGGUACUAUGUAACUGGUCGAAACCAAAGGGUCAUGAAAGGAACCUUUCAGUGCGGAAAUAAUGGCGUGUGGGAUCCGGAAAUGCCUAAAUGCAAACGUAAGAUUUGUUAA